AUGGACUCGAAAAACAGAACUCUAAUUCUUUACAAGCAGUCAUUCACGUAUAGUGAGAAGCAGAACCUCUCCAUGCAAGUGAGGUAUAGCUCGGUACCACUUCAGCAACAGACUGCUAAAACCCUUUUGAUUGUCGCUGCUCGCGCUAAUAAUGCACAUGCAGUCAGAUGUCUUAGCCUGGACCAAAACGUCUUGAAUGAGACAGAUAAUGAGGGAUGGUCUGCUUUACUUAAUGCUGCCUAUAAAAGACACUUCGAUAUCGUAAAGAUUCUUCUGGAAGCAGGAGAUUUGCCAGAUAUGAUGGGUUGGAGUCCGCUGAUAUGA